GUUUUCUUUGCAAUGAGUCAAUGAGGUUGUGCUAAAUACAGCCAAACACACAUAUCGCAUUAAAGAUGUCUUAUAAACCAGUAACACAUGUGCUUUUUGAUAUGGACGGUUUGUUAUUGGAUACAGAGAGAUUGUACACAGUCUCGUUCCAAGAAGUCUGUGACAGGUUCAAUAAGAAGUACACAUGGGAAGUGAAGUCCUCUGUGAUGGGAAAGAAGGCUCUGGAUGCUGCCAGGAUCAUCAGAGACAAACUGGAACUCCCUAUGACACCCGAGGAUCUCCUGGAGGAGAGCAGGAAAAUUCAGGAGCAAUUAUUUCCCACAGCGUCUCUAAUGCCAGGCAUAAAGAAGCUUGUCAGUCAUCUCCACAAGCACGGCAUUCCUAUUGCUGUGGCCACGAGUUCAGCAGGCCUGACUUUUGAGAUGAAGACCAGCUGUCAUAAAGAGUUCUUUAGCCUCUUCACACACAUUGUACUUGGAGAUGAUCCUGAAGUAAAAAGUGGCAAACCACAACCAGACAUCUUUUUGGUGUGUGCCGAGAGAUUCUGUCCCCCAGUAAACCCUGAACAGUGUCUGGUAUUUGAAGACGCUCCAAAUGGGGUAAAGGCGGGCCUGGCAGCUGGGAUGCAGGUGGUGAUGAUCCCAGAUGAUAAUCUGAACCGCAGCUUGACCCAGGAGGCCACUUUGGUGCUGAGAAGCAUGGAAGACUUCAGACCGGAAUUAUUUGGUCUGCCAGCUUACCAAUGACAGAAAUCAAUGCAGUGAUUUGAAUACCGCUGGACUAUAUCUCAUCACUUCAUAAAAAAUGAAAUGAGGCUGCAGUUUGGUUUAUCAAAUCAAAAAACAGGAGAAACUAAUCUCUACCACUAUUUCUGUCAUCAUCCAUGAACAAAGAAGAAUGAUCUUCUCUUGGCUUCACGGUUUUGAUUUUGUUAGAAAGUCACCGUGCUAAAUCUUUUCUCUGUCUGAAUGUUUGCCAAAAUGACACUCAGACUAAUUUUGAUUAUUCUGCUCAAUUAACCUCAGUCGAACCAUAGCCAGUGCAGCUUUCAACAUGUUUACAACUUUUACUAUUUACACUAUGUGAGAGUUCAACAGUCCCUCUCAACCAUAUAUGAUUUCUAUCACCGUUACCUUUACUCCCUGGACAGCUGUAAUAAAGUACCAGGAAGAUUUCCAAGUUCAAACCACAUGGCCUAAUCCAAUAACUGGGAUCUAAGAACGCAGUCUUCUUUCAUCUUCUGUCCAUGUCUGUCUUCACUGAGCUGGAGUUUGCAUGUCCCCUCUUUAUAGUGUCCAACAUAUCAGAGAACUCAAGCCCAUCUCUGAGGAGAGCGAUGCAGUCAUGGAACAGAAGUGAAGGACGCCUAUAGACCUAUUUGCGCUGGUUGGUUGGAUUACACGACAAUGCUUCUCUCAAACUUUGUUAAAUUAAUCUCAUAUGACAAAAUACUACAUUAUUAUCCCUUACAGAAUCCCUAGGCCUGUUCAAACAAGCGGAAGGAGAAUGCCCUGCUAAAUAAACAAUAUAACAUUGACAGAAAUUCAAUUGGAUGUAAUGGUUUUAAUGGGAAUGUUAUUGGUUGUACUGGAAACUUUAAUGGUCUCUGUGGGUCUCUAUGUGUUGGGUUCUAUUGGUGGGUGCAUUAAAUCCUACUGGAAUAUGUCCCAAAACACAUUACAAAAGGGAAUUUUGAAGUAGUUUUGAUGUUAAAAGCUAAUGAUUCCUAUUGGUAUUUUAACAUCGCCAGUCAUAUAUUUGUGCACCCAUAAAACGAUUGUGUAGCCCAAUUAAUUGUUGUAGUGAGAAAUCAAUUGAAGUGAUUUUAAACAUGUCUUUAUUUGACCUGUUGCUCACUUGAGCAAUUGUAGUGAUAUGAUUAAAAUGAUAAAAAAUUGGGGGGGGGGGGGGCUACUUUUGUAUAUUUAUAUUUGUUGUAAAUGUUUCAUAUUAUACACACAAAUAAAUGAUACAAAAUUAAAGUAUUUGAUGUACUUGUCUUGCAGGGUUUUUUAAACUGUAAAAAUAAAAAAAUGGGGCAUGUAAAAAUAAGUAAAUAUAAAACCCUCUGACAUCUAAUACAUUAAAGGUU